CUGAGCUUCUUUCUCUCCUAUAAUUUUGGAUCAGUAACCAAUUAUUUUUUCCAACUCCUUUUCUAUUAAUAAACAAGAAGCUCUGUAUUUUAAGAUUACCAUCGAACAAAACUACUCUUACAAGCUUUUCUCUCCAAAUACUUUACACACAGAAAAUGGGUUCUUUUCAAAGCUUAUGCUGGAUUAUUAAUUUGAUGAUUUCCCUCGUAGUUCUGGUUCCGACUAUUAGUCGAAGGGCUCGUUUAAUCCUGGGGGAAGAUUUCCGUUCACCGGAAAUACUUUCAGAGGACAGCGUUUACGCGACUCGAGCCACGGUGUUUCUUGUUGUUAUGUUUUGCAGGUCUUUCUCCGUGUUGGCGACAAAAGUGUUUUGGACCUGCGGUAAUAAGAUUAGAACAAAGUGCUGCCAUGGAAGAACUAAAGAAGAUGAUACCCAGGAACCGCCAUGCCGCCGCAAACUGCCGAAGAGGAAGGAUGAAGCUCUUAGCAUGAGUAAUCUCGUGUUUCAGUCGGCCAAACUGGGACAGCCAGGAGCAAGUGAAGAAGUCAAAUUCCCAACAAUCUCUGAAAGUAUUUGUGGACGAGGACUGGUGAUGCGUUCUAUGUCCAGCCUGCGAUUCCAAUCAAAUGCGUUGCUUCAAUCCUGGUUUACAGGUUCCUUGAAAACUUUGGUAUCUCAAAUAAUUAUUUUAGUUAGUGCACUUCCGUUGCUUCGUCAAUCUGCCUGCACUAGUAUAUUGCUAUUUAUGGUGUUUUUAAUUGUUACCAUAUUCACAAUAAGCCUUUGUUUAAUCUCGCUUAUUAUAAUUUAUGUCAGUUUAUGUGAUAAAAAGACAACUAUGAGAAACAAUAACCCACUUAAAUCAAAAUUAAAAUUGAUUAAAAGUGAUGAAAAUUUUAUUGCGGUUGUUUUUCAAAGUUGUAAAAUAAAUGAUGUGAAUGAAUGGAUGGUAGACUCCGGGGCUACCAAGCACAUUUGUAAAAACAAAAGUGCUUUUACCUCCUAUAGUGCCACUAUGGGAGAUGAUGAAGAGCUCGUGUACCUAGCGGACUCAAAAACCGCAAAGGUGCAUGGUAAAGGGAAAGUUCUUAUAAAACUCACAUCGGGGAAAACUUUAUCACUAAAUGACGUACUUUAUGUGCCUGAGUUUCGGACUAAUUUAGUUUCUGUUUCUCUCUUGGUAAAAGCUGGGAUUACAGUAUCUUUUGAUUGUAACAAAAUUGUUAUGACCAAAAAUGAUGUUUUUGUUGGCAAAGGCUAUUGUAAGAAUGGACGUUAUGUGCUUAGUAUUCCGAAAUUAAUUCGUGAAAAUGCUUCUUAUUUGAUUGAUUCAUAUGAUGUGUGGCAUGCAAGAUUAGGACAUGUGAGUGACUCUUAUAUCAAUUUGUUGCGUGAUCGUGGUUUGAUUUCUAGUGGAAAGAAAUUGACACUAGAAAAAUGUGAUAUUUGUGUUGAAUCAAAACAAACCAAAAAAUCAUGUCCUACCACACAUAGGGAAUCAGAACUGCUUGAGUUAAUUCACACGGAUUUGGGUGAUUUAAAAAAUACCAUGACAAGAGGUGGUAAUAAAUUUUAUGUCACCUUUAUUGAUGAUUUUUCGAGAUACACUAAAGUUUAUUUGCUUAAAAGUAAAGAUGAGGCUUUUGAUAAAUUUUUAGUGUAUAAAUCCGAGGUGGAAAAUCAAUUGAAUAAGAAGAUUAAGAGAGUGAGAUCGGAUAGAGGGGGCGAAUAUAUUUUAAUAAAUGAUUUUUGUGAGAGGGAAGGGAUUAUCCAUGAGAUAACUCCUCCGUAUUCGCCCGAAUCAAAUGGAAUAGCUGAAAGAAAAAAUAGGACAUUAAAAGAAAUGAUGAAUGCUCUUUUAAUUAGUUCUGGUGCUCCUGAUAAUCUGUGGGGGGAGGCUAUUCUUUCUGCUUGUCACUUACAAAACAGAAUUCCUUAUAAGCAUAAUAAGAGAACACCCUAUGAAUUGUGGAAAGGUCAUGCGCCUAAUUUGAAAUAUUUGAAAGUGUGGGGGUGUUUGGCUAAAGUCUUAUUGCCUGAUCCUAAGAAGAGGAAAAUUGGUUCUAAGACAUCUGAUUGCAUAUUUAUUGGUUAUGCUGAAUGUAGUGCUGCUUAUAGAUUUCUUGUUUUGAAAAGUGAUGUGCUUAAUUGCAAUACUAUUAUUGAAACAAAAAAUGCUGAAUUUUUUGAGAGUGUGUUUCCUUUAAAGCCAGAAUACAAGACCGUUGUGCCAUAUCGUGAAAGUGAGCCAUUAAAAGAAAAUACUUUUAAUGAUGAACCCUCUAAUUUGAGAAGAAGUAAGAGACCAAGGAUAGAAAAAUCUUUUGGAAAUGAUUUUUAUACAUAUCUUGUUAAUGAUGAACCUUUUACUUAUUCACAAGCUAUUUCAUCAAAAGAGGCUCCUUUUUGGCUUGAGGCAAUUCAAAAUGAAAUUGAAUCUAUUCAGAAAAAUAAAACUUGGAUUUUAACUGAAUUGCCUAAAGGGUGCAAACCAAUCGGAUGUAAAUGGAUUUUUAAAAAAAAAUUUAAUCCGGAUGGUUCUAUUGACAAAUAUAAAGCGAGGCUUGUGGCAAAAGGUUUUUCUCAAAAACAAGAUGUUGAUUAUUUUGAUACUUUUGCACCGGUAACGAGAAUAUCUUCCAUUAGAACUUUAAUUGCCUUGGCUUCUAUUCACAAACUUCUUAUCCAUCAAAUGGAUGUUAAAACGGCAUUUUUAAAUGGUGAAUUAGAGGAAGAAAUUUAUAUGAUGCAACCGGAGGGUCAUGUAGUUUCUGGACAGGAACACAAAGUGUGUAAGUUGGUCAAAUCUUUAUAUGGUUUGAAACAAGCUCCUAAACAAUGGAAUGAAAAAUUUGAUGAAGUAUUAUUAGCUCAUGGUUUUACCUCACUUGAAGUAGAUAAAUGUGUAUACACUAAAAUAAAAAAUGGUGUGUGCAUUAUUAUUUGCUUGUAUGUGGAUGACAUGCUAAUAUUUAGCAGCAACAUUGAGUUAAUAAAUGAGACAAAAUCAUUUCUUGCUUCAAAAUUUGAUAUGAAAGAUUUGGGUGAAGCAAAACUGAUUUUGGGUAUUAAAGUCAUAAGGAAGGAUGAUGGUAUUAUACUAUCUCAAGAGCACUAUGCUGAAAAACUUCUAAAGAAGUUUGGACAUUUCGAUGUCAAACCUGUGGAAAUCCCUUAUGACUCUAGUACACAUUUGAAAAAGCAUAGAGGUGAUCCUGAGGCUCAAUAUGAAUAUGCACAAAUAAUUGGGAGUUUAUUACACUUGAUGAACUAUACGAGACCCGACAUAGCUUAUGCUGUCGGAAGAUUGAGCCGAUAUACUCAUAACCCAAGUGGGGAUCAUUGGACCGCGUUGAGGCGGUUAUUGAGAUAUUUGAGAGGUACCAUGAAUUAUGGUAUAUUUUAUAGAGGUUUACCCGCUGUACUAGAGGGAUAUAGCGAUGCUAACUGGGUCUCUGACUCAGAUGAGAUUAAAUCCAAUACUGGAUAUAUAUUCACCCUUGGAGGUGGUGCUAUUAUGUGGAAAUCAACUAAACAAUCUCUCAUUUCUAGAUCCACUAUGGAGUCCGAGCUUAUAGCUUUGGAAGUGACUAGUAGUGAGGUGGAGUGGUUGAAAAAUUUCUUAGCAGAAAUUCCGGUUGGUACAAAACCAACACCGUCAGUGUCUAUUCUUUGUGAUUGCCAAAGUGCAAUAAAUACUGCUAAGAAAAUGUGUUAUAAUGGGAAGAAUAGACACAUUCGUUUAAGACAUAAAGUCAUUAAACGGUUAUUAAAGAAUGGAAUUAUUUCCAUUAAUUUUGUGAGGUCAGAAGGAAAUUUAGCGGAUCCUUUGACUAAAGCCCUAGGACGAAAAAUGAUAAGUGAAACCUCGAGGGAAAUGGGACUUGUGUCACUUGAUUACAAAUAGGGAUGGUAACCCAACUUGUGUGAUUGGAGAUCCCAUGAAGCAAGUUCAUAUGGGUAAUAACAAGUCUUCUAUUUGUUCUGCUAGCCUUAUUACAAGUCCCUUUAAUCAUGUAUAUAUGUUGAUCAAUGAACAAAUAGCAGGGCAGCCUGAUUCUGUAUGAUCUCGUAAACUCUAAACACCAUCCCCUUCCCUACCAUACUUCUCUUAGGAGGCUUCCACCCUCACAAAGUGGUGUAAAUUUAAUUAGCACCAGGUUCCUAUCAUAAGAGGUCUCUUUCGGUCCAUGGUAGUCUGUGAGGCUAACUCAAUAUCCUCUUUCUGUGUGAAAAGCUAUUUGCAACAUAUCCUCUUUCUCCGUUGCAGAAGGUUUACUAAGGGUCAAACUUAUUGUUUGUUCAAAGUGCACUGAGCCAUUUUCUUCAAAAUAAGCCCGAACCGAAGUAUGUGGGUGCUUAUUCCGAUAUUGAAGAAGAAAGUUGGGAUGGGGCGCAAUAACCUCGACUAAAACCUAACCUGACUACCAACGAGUAAUGGUUUCUUCUAUUGUUAGAGGAAGCUCUUGUUCAGACGAUAAAGGGUAGAGAAAUAAAGAAUGACAGACAAGAGACGGUGGAUUUAACAGUGUUUGUUUAAAAAAUAAUUCUCUCCGGUUCAUUAUAUUUUUGUGACUUUCACUAAAAGUUUGGAUUAUUAGGGUAAAAAUUUGAAGUAGGGAUUAUUUUUGUAUAAUUGGUAGAAGUAAGGAUUAAUCUUGUCAUUUUUGCCAUUUAUCUAUGAGGCACCGUAGCACUCAAAAUAAUAAUCUAUUGGUAGUAUUAAAAUAUUCACCUCUGACCGUUACCAAAUUCUUAAUUAUGUCCUCUAUGUUCCAGUUCUUCAUCAUAGUUUUUUUUUUUUUGAAAAACAUCAUAGUUUAUUAUCUCUGUUCUUGAUAAUAAUUGUGUUCGUAAGUGAAUAUGAGUGUUGCCAGUUUAAGUUCGGAGACAAGUAAUAUGUUGUACAAAUACAAAUGUUGUACAAUAUCACAAAUUAUAAGUGAAUAUGAAUAUAACAAAUUAGACAAAUUUGGAAAUUAUUCAUUACUACUUUGUGGUAAUGAAUAAUCAACCACUAAGUUGUUGUAGGUUAAGUUCAAAACUUAACCUACCUGAACAUCAACCACACAGUUUUUAAUUUAGAGAAUAUUACCCGAAAUAGGACUAAAAAGGUUUGAAAAUUCCAAAAUAGGACUGUCAUAUUUUUAUUCCCAAAAUAGUACUAAUUACUGCCAUAUUUUGGCAGUACCAGACUUCAAACAUGGCAGUAUUUUCCAAACCUGGCAGUAAUUACUCCUAUUUUGGGAAUAAAAAUCAUGACAAUUCUAUUUUGGAAUUUUCAAACUGUUUUAGUCCUAUUUCGGGAACUUUCCCGAAAUCUACAAGCAAGUCAACAUUGAACAAGUUUUAUGGGACGGAAGGAGUAAUACUCAUGGAAAAAGCCUAGAUUAUUUUGAAAAAAUAUAUUUGUCAUAAAAAAUCUAUUUAUUAUUUAAAUAGCAUGAAUGUGAAUGCUCUUAAACACAAAUAAACGUUUCUAGCCGUGACGAUGAGAGACCACACUUGGAGUUUGUUUGUUGGCCCCAUGUGUUUCGACUUAUUAGCCAGUUUUUUCACCAAACAUGUUACUUUUAAUUUCACACACUCAAUUGUUUAAUAAUACGAAAAUUAAAAUUGAAGUUAGUUUUUGUGUUGAACUGGGUGAAAUUACUGUAGAGAAUCAUUUUAAUUAUUUUGAUAUAAUUUGGCGCAAAAAUUAAAAAGCUAUAGCACUUAAAACAAAAAAUGGUUUUUUAUAUCUUGGGCCCCACCAUUACCUCUCUCUUCCAUUAGCUAUAGCAACUCAUUAGUUUGCAUUGCUUCCUCCUCGCAUAAGUCUACGCAUAAGUAGCCAAUUGGAUUGGCACUUCUUAUUAAGGGCGGGUUUGCAACAGCUUUAAAAAAAGCAAUUCUCAGUUUUUGACUUUAAAAAGCACUUAUUUAUCAAACACUGCCAAUUUUUUACUUUUCUUGACUUUCGUGUCAAAAGUGUUUUUCCCAUUUUUAUACACUACCAACUUUUACUUUUCAAAAUCACUUUUUUUCUCAAACACUAUCAACUUUUACAACUAAUCACUUUUUCCAAAUCACCCCAAAAGUGCUUUUUUUAAAGCAGAAGAUGUUGCAAACACUCCCUAACUAUGAUUUGGGUAGCACUAUUUUGGUAAAAUACUUUUAACCCGACCCUAUUUUCGUAAAUAGUUUUUUAUUUAACAUUAUUUCGGGAAAAUUUCAAAAAAAUGAAUUUAAUUUUUUCAUAAUUCAACAAAUUAAACUAAUUCAUUUUUCAGCAAAAAAUUAAUCAAUUUCAACAAAUUGAACGGAUUUUAUUAAUUUCAAAAUUAUUAAACACGCUCUUACACAUGGUGACAUAGGCGAGUGAAUUACUUCCAUUAUUAGUGGGUGGGGCAGCGGGGGUUGGGGGUGGGACACUACAAACAAAUGAAGUAAAGCGUUGCGUAUUUGGAUGAGUUUGUAGCAAAAUCAUUCAGAAUCACACAAACGGGUGAACGGAACCAAAUUCUUGUUGUGGCUAAUAAAGGGAUGGACCCCUCACCCCUUUGUCAUAACCCGUCUCCAUUUCUUGUUUAAGCUAUGAUCAUUUUUCCUAAAACCGGAGAGCAUUUUACUAAUAUACUAGCGUAACACCCGGGCAUGUCCCGGUACUGUUAAUUUGAUAUGGAUCAAUUGAAAAUUUCUAAUAAACAUUGUGAAUUAUUCAUAGGAUAUGAUCAAAAGUUUGACUAUAUAUACUAUCCUCUGUUCUUUGAAAAUUGCAACAGUUUGAAUUUCAUGUUUGCAAACGCACAACUUUGACUGUAAUUAUAUUUAUUACGUAUUAGUAAAUAUUAAAAAAGGUUAACAUUUUGAAAAUUCAAAUUAAUAGAAAUUUAAUCAUUUUAUACAUAAUAUUUUAGAAAAAGUUACAUUAUAUAUAUAUAUAUAUAUCAUUAGAAAAACAUAGUCAAAGUAAGCUAUAUACUCAAAAUUGGGUAGCUAGCAUAUCUACAGUCAAGCUCAGAUCUGCGGGUAUCAUUUUAUUUGAAGAAGGGCUUAUUCCAAAAAAUUUUAAUCUCUCCGGUAACAAGCCCCAAAUGAUAAGAUGGAAUAGGCCUAAUACCUGUUUGAGUCGAUGCGAGCUACUCAACAGAUAAAGCUUAUGGAGGAGCGAUUCUGAGGGAUAGGAAGGGCGAGCUCAUCCUUGCUCUUAGCUUUCCGAUUGUAGCUCGGUCUUCUCUGGAAGCUGAGCUUCGUGCUAUCUUCUAUGCUGUUCGAUGGGUAGCUGCGGCAGGGUAUGGAGAUUUUUCGAUGGAGACUGAUGCGCUAUUGGCACUGGAUUAUCUUGAGGGACAUAAGGGAAGAAGAUGGAAGGAUGAGAUUCAGGAAAUUGCACAGAUCCGAAUUAGGCAACAGUUGGCUUUUGGGCAUACUAAACGAGAGGGGAACUGGGUCGCGCAUCAUUUGGCCCGAGUCCAGACUGAUAGCCCAAUUAUCUAUAACAGGCCUGGUUUGCUUCCAGUUUUUGCUAGAAGAGCUUUUUGGAUGGAUUAUUUUGGUAUUCCUUCAUUUAGAAUGUAAUUUUCUUCAUAUUCUUUCGGGUAAGGUUUGGUCCCCUGGAAUUUUGUAUUGCAUGGAUUUAUAAAUAAAAUCUGGCGAAUGUCCCCCGG